AUGAAAGCAGCUGUGUUUACCGGAUCCAAAGAAUCUCCAUUCGAGAUUAAGGAAGUUCCAACUCCUGAAAUUUCUGACAACGAAAUCCUCAUCAAAUCCAAAUCGUUUGCAGUGAACCCUACUGAUUGGAAACAUCUUGAAUUUGGCGUCAGUCAGCCAGGUUAUAUCUUGGGUAGUGAUGUUAGUGGAGUUGUUGAGAAAGUUGGUUCCAAGGUUGACAAUUUCAAAGUUGGUGAUUACGUCAGCUCAUUCAUUGUUGGUAACUCGUCAUCCAGAAAUGGAGCAUGGGCUGAAUAUGUUGCUGCUAAUCCAUUGGGAACUGUCAAGUACCCCAAAUUGGUUGAAGACCCAAGCAAGACUGAGUCGGGACCAAUUACUACUUUUGAAGGAGCAGCUAGUACUACUUUGGGAUUGGUCACUGUUGGCUACUCAUUUGCUUACUCGUUGCAGAUUCCACAGAAUUUUGUUGAAGGAGAUUUCAUCUUGAUUUGGGGCGGAGCUACAGCAACUGGUAUCUUGGCUAUUCAAUUGGCUAAAGCCAUUUAUGGAUUGAGGGUCGUUGCUACUGCAUCUCCCAAGAACCAUGAAUACCUCAAGUCAUUAGGUGCAGAAUAUGUAUUUGACUACAAUGAUGACAGAGUAGUUGACCGCAUCAAGGAAGUUGUUGGAGGAACAUUGAAGUUUGGGUUUGAUACAAUUGCAACUCCGGAAACUUUCCAAAAAGUGUAUGAUUCCACUGCAAACACAGAAGUGUCAAUUUUCCUCGACUCGACAUUAUCCCAAAACGGGUCCACCAUCAAAUUAGAUGAAAAGAGAGAUAACUACAAGAUCCACUGGGGCGAAACAUUGGCUUAUCUUGCAAUUACGAAAGUCAAGUUCUUUGGUAAGGAGUUACAUCAACCAGAGGAUUUAUUGAAGGAUUACACCCCUUGGUGGGUUGAUGUUUUGCCAAAGUAUAUUGGUGAGUUGAAACAUGCCAGUUUGACUGUCUUGCCCAAAGGAUUGGAAAGCUCUGGUGAAGCUUUGAAAUUGUCUAAAGAAGGUGUUUCUAAUACCAAGGUUGUCUUUGAUGUAUAG